GCUGCCAGCGUCACCGCGACGCCCGCGGCCAUGGCGGGAAUCGAGCCUCGCAGCGCAGCCGGCUCCCCGCCACCCCCCAGUGACUGGGGCCGCCUGGAGGCCGCCAUCCUCAGCGGCUGGAGGACCUUCUGGCAGUCGGUGGGCAAGGAGAGGGCGGCGCCCAUGGCCUCCCGCGAGGACGCGGAGGAGGACACCAGCGCGCUGACGCAGCUGCCGAUUGAUAUACAGCUAUAUAUUUUAUCAUUUCUUUCACCCCAUGAUCUAUGCCAGUUGGGAAGUACAAAUCGUUAUUGGAAUGAAGCUGUACGAGAUCCAAUUCUGUGGAGAUAUUUUCUGUUACGGGAUCUUCCUUCUUGGUCUUCUGUUGACUGGAAGUCUCUUCCAGAUCUAGAAAUCUUAAAAAAGCCUAUAUCUGAGGUCACUGAUAGUGCACUUUUUGAUUACAUGGCAGUUUAUAAAAUGUGCUGUCCAUAUACAAGAAGAGCCUUGAAAUCCAGCCGUCCAAUGUAUGGAGCUGUCACCUCUUUUUUACACUCGUUGAUCAUUCAGAAUGAACCACGAUUUGCUAUGUUUGGACCAGGUUUGGAAGAACUGAAUACAUCUUUGGUUUUGAGCUUAAUGUCGUCUGAGGAACUUUGCCCAACUGCCGGCUUACCUCAGAGGCAGAUUGAUGGUAUUGGAUCUGGAGUGAAUUUUCAGUUGAACAACCAACAUAAAUUCAACAUCCUGAUAUUAUAUUCGACCACCAGAAAGGAAAGGGACAGAGCAAGGGAAGAGCAUACAAGCGCAGUUAACAAGAUGUUCAGUCUACAGAGUGAAGGGGAUGACCAACAAGGAAGCCGGUAUAGUGUAAUUCCACAAAUUCAGAAGGUGUGUGAAGUUGUAGAUGGGUUCAUCUAUGUUGCAAAUGCUGAAGCUCAUAAAAGACAUGAAUGGCAAGAUGAACUUUCUCGUAUUAUGGCAAUGACAGAUCCAGCUUUUGGAUCAUCAGGAAGACCGAUGCUAGUGUUAUCUUGUAUUUCUCAAGUGGAUGUAAAAAGAAUACCCUGUUUUUAUUUGGCCCACGAGCUACGUCUCAAUCUUCUAAAUCACCCAUGGAUGGUCCAGGAUAUGGAAGCUGAAACUUUAACUGGUUUUUUGAGUGGCAUUGAGUGGAUUCUUGAAGAAGUAGAAUCUAAGCAUGCAAGAUGACCUUCCUUUUAGACUUUGGGAACUGAAACGUUUGCACUUUGUUACAAAGGUCAUGAUGUGUAUGUUUGCUCAGUCAAAUAGCUUUGUCUUGCCUUUUUUGUAGGCGGACUUUAUAUUGGACAGCUGUAGCUGUUGUGUUUUUUAUAUGAUUUUUAUUUUUUACAUUAAAUCAAUUAUAAAAAAGAGUUUUAAUCCUAGUCUUUAGCCCCAAAAUGAAUCAUUAAAUUUUUUUGAUAAUUUUAUAUUUUCUGUCUUUCUAAAAAUAUUAAAUUCUG